GUUGGUGUGAGCAUGUGUGUGCGUAUUAUUAUUAUUGUUAAGGUUAACCAACAAGUUAGUUAAAUGCUUAAGCGCUUGCGUAUAUAGUUAAUUAUUCUUAAGUUAAGUGCGACAAAUAGAAGCCACAGAUGCUGCGCCUACUCCUAAGCAACUGCAAUCGCAGCGAUUUGAUCAGCCGCAGCCUAUUGCAGCAGCUGCCUCAAUCGCCGCUAGGCACACGUCUCCACAAUGCCACGAGACUGAUGCGUCAACAUCAGUGGGCUGGACCACGACCGACGUGCGGCAGUGGCAGCGGCAGCAGCAGCUGUCGCGCCAAGCUCCAGACGACGCGUGCCCUGCUAUGGGGCGGCGGCAGCUUGGGCGUGGGCGUGGCAGCGCGCAGCUGGUGGACGAGUCGAGCGAUCGCUCACUGCGAGGGUAACCGACUGGCCGGUGUCAUACAGCAUACACUGCAGCAGGAACAGGAGCAGAACUUUGACUGGAAGCGCCUGUGGACGUAUCUGGAGCCGCACACCUGGGAGCUAAUAGGUGCCAUAUUGGCAGCUUUAAUUGUGGCCUUCAUCAAUAUACGUAUACCCAAUCUGCUGGGCGACCUGGUCAACUCGCUGGCGCGAUAUGCCAACACCUAUGUGAUAAACCCGAUCAACAACUCCUUUGUGAAGGAUGUUAGCAAGCCAGCUAGCAAUUUGCUAAGCCUCUAUAUGCUGCAGUCGGGCUUCACGUUCAUGUACAUCUAUCUGCUGAGUCGCGUGGGCGAGCAGAUGGCCGCGCGGAUGCGACAGGAUCUGUUCAAGCAGAUCGUCCUGCAGGACAUUUCGUUUUUCGAUGAGAAUCGCACGGGCGAGCUGGUGAACCGCCUGACAGCCGACGUGCAGGACUUCAAGACCUCGUUCAAGCAUUUCGUUGCCCAUGGAUUGAGAAGUGGCGCCCAGCUGAUUGGUGGCAGCGUCUCCCUGUUCAUGAUAUCGCCGCACAUGGCAGCCAUUGCCCUGGCCAGUGUGCCCUGCGUGGUCUUGUUUAUGUCGUAUCUGGGACGCAAGCUGCGCUCCCUCAGCAAAAGCUCCCAGGCGCAGACGGAACGUGCCACGGGCGUUUGCGAGGAGGCGCUGUCCAACAUACGCACUGUGCGCUCCAGCGCCUGCGAGUACCGUGAGAUGCAGCUCUUCGAGCAGGAAACGAAUGAGGCAGCACGUCUCGCCCAGGAGCUGGGCUAUGGCAUUGCCGUCUUCCAGGGCCUGACAAAUUUCUUCCUGAACACACUGGUCCUGUCGACGCUCUUCAUGGGCGGCCAUUUAAUGUCCACGGAGAGCCUGACGCCCGGUGCUCUAAUGGCAUUCCUGGUCGCCUCGCAGGGCGUGCAGCGUUCGCUCUCGCAGGGCUCCAUUCUGUUGGGUACCAUGAUACGCGGCCUGACGGCGGGCAGUCGCGUCUUUGAGUUCCUUUCGCUGCAGCCCAAGGUGGAGCUGUCCCGUGGCUAUGUCAUACCCGAAGAGCGCUUGCAUGGCGAGAUUCGCUUCGAGAAUGUCUGCUUUGCCUAUCCCAUGCGACCGGAUCAUCUCGUACUGAAGGACUUCAGCCUGACGCUGCGUCCUGGCCAGACGGUCGCUCUGGUCGGCGCCAGCGGCUCGGGCAAAUCCACCAUUGCCGCGCUACUCGAACGCUUCUACGAACCUACCUCAGGCAACAUCAAACUGGAUGGCUACAAGCUCUCCGACAUCUCGCCCUAUUGGCUAAGGGCCAAUGUGCUGGGAUUCAUUGAGCAGCAGCCCAUUCUCUUUGGCACCAGCAUCCUAGAGAAUGUGCGCUAUGGCAAGCCGGAUGCCAGCGAAACGGAUGUCUUUGAUGCAUCCAAGCUGGCGCAGUCGCAUGAUUUCGUUACCAAUCUGCCCGAUGGCUAUGCCACACAUGUGGGCGAACGCGGCACCCAGUUGAGUGGUGGUCAAAGACAACGCAUUGCCAUAGCCCGAGCGCUGGUCAAGAAUCCGCGCAUCCUUAUCCUGGAUGAGGCAACGAGUGCGCUGGACGCCACCAGCGAAUCAGAGGUGCAGAAGGCCUUAGACACUGCCGUACAAAAUCGCACUACGCUGGUGAUAGCACACCGGCUAUCCACGAUACGCAAUGCAGACCUGAUUGUGGUCAUGGAUCAGGGACGCGUAGUGGAGACGGGCAAGCAUGAUGAGCUGAUGGCCAAGCGUGGCCUGUACUUUGAGCUAGUGCGUCAGCAGGAGCGACGCGAGAGUCAGGAACAGAUCCUCGAUCAGCCGCAGCUCCUGGAGCAACCAAUUAGCAAAAAUUCCCCAACCGUCGAGACGACAGAGAACGCAGUACAAUAAUACAAAACGACACCUAUAUAGAUGUAUCUAUAUGAUUCCCCUGUAUAUAUAAAAUUUUUUUAAUUUAUUAAUUGUUUGAGAGAUUUACAUUUAAAUUUAAAAAAAAAAUCACUAAUUCGAUGAGAUAAUUUAAAUAAGCAGAAGAACUGGUGUUCAUGUUAAAUAAACCAAAACAAGAUACAUUAUUUUUAUGUACAUAAAGCA